GACAUGGGGGGGCCCAUGCCCAGGCGGCCCGCCCACCCGCCGACAUCCCCUCCAGCAGCAGCGAGGCGGGACCACACCGUGCAGGGACACUCCGGCUGCCCAGCUCCACUCCGGCCUGUGACGGACGGAAGAUGGCGGGUGACGUGGCCAUGUUGGUGAGGGGGCUGGCCAAGCUGAGCCAGGCUAUUGUGGAGACCCAGGCCACACAGUUGCGUGCCAUGGUGUUGGGCAGUGAUGCGGUGGCCCAGGGCUGGCAGGCCUCAGCCCAGGAUGCCAUCUACACAGCGGUGGGCAAGAUGCAGGACCUCGGGCCACAGCAGGAGAGCUUCACGGAGCCAGAGGAGGAUUUGUCCUCAGAGCUGGGCCUGUCCAGCGAAACCUUGGACCUGGAGACGCCAGAGGCGGCCUCUGAUGUCCAGCACCGGCAGGCGAUGGGUGACCCAGCGGCCUUUGACCCCGCUUGCUCCGGGAAGAUGGGCGGCCAUUUUGUACAGCCAAGCCGACUUCUCUCGACGGCGGCCCCGAGACGCUGCUUCCACCAGGACCACCGCUCCGUCAGUGGGCUGACUGCAGAGGACAUUGACAAGGCUCGAGAGGCCAAAGCCAGCCCCGCUGACAAGCCCUAUAGGCAGAUGCUGAGCGAACGGGCUCGGGAGAGGAAGGUUCCAUCCACCAGGAUCGGUCGGCUGGCCACUUUCGGAGGCUUGGCCGUUGGACUUGGGAUCGGAGCCCUGGCCGAGGUUGCCAAGAAGAGCUGGAAGCAUGACGAGCGGGAAGGUGGGAAAGCCAUGAUGGACGGGAGUGCCUUCCUGUCAGAGGCGAACGCAGAGAGGAUUGUGAACACCCUGUGCAAGGUGCGGGGAGCUGCCCUCAAACUGGGCCAGAUGCUCAGCAUCCAAGACGACAGCUUCAUUAACCCCCAGCUGCAGAAGAUAUUCGAGCGAGUUCGCCAGAGUGCCGACUUCAUGCCCAGCCGGCAAAUGAUGGGGGUGCUGCUGAGUGACCUGGGCCCGGACUGGAGGCAGCAGCUGCUGAGCUUCGAGGACCGGCCCUUUGCCGCCGCCUCCAUCGGGCAGGUCCACCUCGGCGUGCUGACCGACGGGAGGCAGGUGGCCAUGAAGAUACAGUAUCCCGGAAUAGCCCAGAGCAUCUCCAGCGACGUGGACAACCUCAUCUCGGUGCUCAGCAUGAGCAACGCCCUGCCCGAGGGGCUGUUCCCAGAGCACAUGAUCGAGGUGAUGAGCCGGGAGCUGUCCCUGGAGUGUGACUACAAGAGGGAGGCUGCCUGCUACAAGCAGUUCAGGGAGCUGGUGAAGGACGACCCUUUCUUCGUGGUGCCGCCCGUCAUCGAUGAGCUCAGCAAUCGGCAGGUUCUCACCACCGAGCUGGUGCCCGGCUUCCCCCUCGACAAGGCCGAUGGUCUGAGCCAGGAUAUCCGCAACCAGAUCGGUGAGAACAUCCUGCGGCUAUGCCUGCGGGAGUUGUUUGAGUUCCGCUUCAUGCAGACUGACCCCAACUGGUCCAACUUCUUCUACAACCCCGACACCGGCAAGGUGGCCUUGUUGGAUUUUGGAGCAACGCGGUCGUUUGAAGAAGAUUUCACCGACACCUACAUCGAGAUCGUGAAGGCGGCUGCCCAGGAUGACAAGGACGCGGUGCUGAGCAAUUCCAUCAAACUCAAGUUCCUCACUGGUUUGGAGACCAAGGCGAUGCAAAGAGCCCACGUGGAUGCGGUGAUGAUCCUGGGCGAAGCCUUUGCAUCGAUGGAGCCCUUCAACUUCGGCAGCCAGGGCACAACCAAGAGGAUCCAUAGCCUGAUCCCGGUGAUGCUCCGACAUCGGCUGGUGCCGCCGCCAGAGGAGACCUACUCCCUGCACCGCAAGAUGGCCGGCUCAUUCCUCAUCUGCAGCAAGCUCGACGCCCGCAUCUCCUGCAAGCUGCUGUUCGAUGAGGCCUACCAGAGGUACUGGAGCAAGAAAAAACAGCCCGGGCACAGCACCCCCUGACUGCUGAGAGCCAGCUGAGAAUGCCCAGCCAGGCUGACAGACUAGCCCCAACUCUCCUACCUGUUGUUUUUUUAAUACCAGAAUAUUCCUCAUCUACUGUCCAAAGGGGCAGCGUGCGUGUUUGAGCACUGGGAUUACACGAGCCACUCGUGUGUGUUUCUGCAAGACACGGAUGAGGCGAUGGUUUGCCCCAAGUGGGGGCAUCCGAGAGAUUUUUACAGUUGAUUGAUUAGAGUAAUUUGAGAUUUGUACCGCCAGAGGAUAAUGAACUUUUGAAUGACCGUAGAUGUGAUCAUGGGCCGUUUUGUAUACUGUCACCGUUGAUUCCAUUAAAGAAAUCGAUGCUUGUG